CACGUUAGCUCCGCCCCCGACUUCCGCGUUUAGCGUUGAAUCCUGUUCCAGCAUCAGUCUUUCCCGUGAUAAUCACGCUUUCCUGAGUAAGAGUUUUCGCUUUUAGCUGACUGGAGUUCAGCGGUUUCAGAUCCAGGAUUUUAGUCAGCUGACAGGACACAGGCUGCUCACCACUUCCCCAAUUUAACGUCGUGGGACCACGUAAACACCCAGAUUAUUCCAAAUCAGGUGAAAAAUGGCCUCAAACCCACCCAAGAUAAAGACAUCGAUUGCUACAAAUCAAAGUGUCAUCUGCAGGUUGAAAAACCUGAAAAAUGCAUUUGAAGCCAAGUAUGGAGAAUCCCCACUAUUCUACACGUGUGCACCUGGAAGAGUUAAUCUAAUAGGGGAACACAUUGAUUACUGCGGUUAUUCUGUACUGCCGAUGGCCAUUGAGCAGAACAUCCUUGCAGCUGUGUCUGUAAACAACUCUGGAAUGAUCCAACUGGCAAACAUAAAUCCUCAAUAUAAAGAUUAUAAAGUGUCAUGCUCAGAGGACAUCGCCAUAAACAAAGACGACCCAAAGUGGUAUUAUUAUUUUCUCUGUGGAGUUAAAGGUAUCCAGGAGAAGUUUGGGAUCCCUCGUUUGGCUGGGAUGUCCUGUGUGGUAGAUGGAUCUAUUCCUCCCAGUUCCGGUCUAUCGAGCUCAAGUGCUUUGGUUUGUUGUGCUGGUCUGUUAACUAUGGAAGCCAAUCAGAAAUCCCUUUCCAAGGUGGCUCUUGCUGAGAUAUGUGCCAAAUGUGAGCGCUACAUCGGUACAGAGGGGGGAGGCAUGGACCAGUCCAUUUCUUUUCUGGCAGAAAAAGGCACUGCAAAGCUGAUAGAGUUUCACCCUCUGCGGGCCACUGAUGUGAAGCUUCCAGAGGGAGCUGUAUUUGUGAUUUCCAACUGUUGCAAGGAGAUGAACAAAGCCGCCUCCUCUCACUACAACAUCCGUGUGGUGGAGUGCCGGAUUGCCACAAAGAUGCUGGCGCAUCAUCGUGGUCUGGACCCAAGCAAAGUGUCCAAGCUGUCUCAGGUUCAGACUGAACUGAAUGCCUCUCUGGAGGAGAUGCUGGCCAUGGUGGAGGAGGUGUUUCAUCCUGAACCGUACACUCGGGAGGAGAUCUGCAAGCUCCUGAGCAUCACCUCGGAGAAGUUCUCAACAGAAGUGCUGAGUGCCAACACCCAGCAGGAAACGCACUUUAAGCUUUACCAGCGGAGCAAACAUGUGUACGGUGAAGCUGCUCGGGUGAUGAGCUUCAAGAGCGUCUGUGACUCUGAACCGGUCGACGCCAUACGUCUCCUGGGGGAUCUGAUGAACCAGAGCCAUGUGAGCUGCAGAGACCUCUAUGAAUGCAGCUGUCCUGAACUGGACCAACUGGUGGACAUCUGUCUAAAGUCGGGGGCCGUUGGAUCCCGGUUGACAGGAGCCGGAUGGGGAGGCUGUGCCGUCUCCAUGGUUCCCAGUAAGAAGAUGGAGUCUUUCCUAAAAGCUGUCAGAGAUGCAUACUACACCCCCGACCCCCGCAGGGCGGCUAUGGAAAAACAAAGUUUGUUUGUUUCAAAGCCGGCUGGAGGAGCUGCACUUUUCCUGGAGGACUAAAACUUUUGUUGCAAUCAUUUUUUUUUUCUUUUCAAAAAUGCAGAAACAGCUAUGGGAAAUAAGGGACUUCUGACCAUCCUUUACAUGCACGGAUGGUUGUUGGGGUUUCAAUUGAACUCUUAAAGGUGGAAUAUAAGGGCUGAAAUAUUUCUCAAGUGUUUCUUCAGAAUACUCUUCUUGAUUUAUAGUUCAUGUUUUAUAAUAAAUAUACAACUGAAUCAACUUCUUACUUAACAAAGGUACUGAAAAGUCAAAUAUUUUCUUGGCAUUUUAAAAUAAAAUAGUAUACAUAAAAAGUAUGCACAUAGCUGCACAUAUUUAUCAUCAAAACAACCUUAUUUCAGAUGUUUUUAUACCUCAUACUGCCUCUUUGCAGGUUCCACACUCUAAAUCUUUGCUAUCUGAAUAACUCAAAGCUCAGAUAUUUUUCAUUUUACAGCUUCAAUAUAUGCUACCUAUCCCUGAAGUGCUGGAGAAAAACAAAAACAGUCAUUUUUAAUGCGUUUUGACAUGAUCACUUUAUUAAAAAAAACAAUCUUUAA